AUCAAGCUACAAGACUAGAAUUAUAAGAAUAGUUGCAAAAGCUGCUGGAUGAUAGUUUCUCGUUUCCUGUGCCAGCUUAAACCAAACUUUUAUCACUCUUUGAUAAGUCGUUGAUUUCCUACCAAUUUCACGAGAGAUUUCUUCCUUUUUUUUUUUUUUUUAUUAUUAAAAAAAAGUGUAAUUUUAGAAAACAAAAUAAAUAUCUCUACAAUGUUUUCGUAGCAAAAAAAAAAAAAAUUGCUAUAAAUCAUCCUAGUUCAACAAUACGAAAAUGGAGCAUCUAGAUCCAUUUUAUAGAACGCUCUGUUCUUCGGAGACUUUGCGUUCGAGUUCAAAAGGAUUUUUCUCCGAAUUUAGUGAAACUGUAAUGGAACAUGCGGGUGAAACGUGGAUCCAAAAGAUUUUUGGUAAACUUGAAAAUGACGAUGACAGAAUUUCAGCAUUAUUCACUGACACAAAGGUGAAAAAUAUUGUUCAUGACACUUUAAAGAGAAUAAUUCAGUUUUAUCGUGAUAAAGAUGCCACAAUAUCAAAAGACAAAAGACUUGAAGGAUUACGAUUGUAUGCUUUGGAUGAACACGAGAAAGCUCUUUUGCUAUUGAGUCAAGCAGUUCUCAGAGCGCCAACAACAGGUAAAAACCCAACGAUCGAUGAAGGAUUCAGUUUACCUUUGGCAUUUAUUGCAAGAGCCGAUAUUCUUUUAACUCUUGGAGAAUAUGAUUUGGCUCUUGAGGACUUACAAAUGGCUGACGAGCAACCUCUUAAUAAAACAAUAAAAGAAAAAUGCCAACAAAAAAGAGAGGAAUAUCAAAACCAUUUAGAGAAAUUGAAGGAAUCUCUUGUUCAACCGAAAAAUAAAAGAGAGAGCAAAACUGGAGAGCUUCCAGAUUUGACUGCUGGCGAAAAUCCAAUUCUUUCGGGAGCAUCAAAUCUUUUAGAAAUUCAAGAAAGUACUUUUGCUGGUCGUCAAGCAGUAGCAGCAAUGGAAAUUAAUCCGGGUGAUACAUUAGCGGUAGAGUCACCCUUAGCUUACUGUUUAUUACCAGAAUUUUAUGGAACACAUUGCCAAAAUUGUUUUUCAAGGUUAAGAGCUCCAGUAGGAUGCCCUGACUGCAGCAGUGUGGCUUUCUGUGGACGAAAAUGCAGGGACCAAGCACUUUCGACUUAUCACAAAUACGAAUGUAAAGUUCUUGCUCUUUUAAUAGGGUCUGGAAUGAGUGUACUUAGUACUCUCGCUUUUAGAAUGGUGUCUCAAGAAGGUUUGGAGAAAUGUUUGAAGAUGCACGAUAAAAUAAAUAAAAGAAACGCCGAAAACAUUUCAACAGUCAACGUCGAGGAAUUCACAAAAAUGAGUAAAUCUGCAAAACGACGACUUCGAAAAAAGAAAUUAAAAGAAUUUACUCAAAAUACAUUAGAAGAUGAUUCAAUUGCAUCAAAUGAAAAUGAAGAAAAUUUAUUGGACAUCAGAGCUUACGAUCUGGUAACACUUUCAUCUAAACGAACAGCUCAAGAUUUUUUAGAAAGAACAAUAAUGGCUUCAUUUUUACUAAAAUGCUUACAAUGCGUUGGUUUUUUUAAAAACAAUUCUAAACCAAAUGAGCCUCCAAGCAAUGAAGAAACCAAAGUAGGAUCGUUGCUCCUGAAAAACCUUCAAGUUCUUCAAUUUAAUGCUCACGAGGUUUACGAAACACGUCUAGGUAACCAGCAUCGCUUUCGGGGAAGUAAACCUGUUUACAUUGGAGUUGCUAUUUACCCAACAGUAGCUCGAUUCAAUCACGAAUGUUAUGGGGCAGUUACAAGGUAUUUUGUUGGUCGGAAUAUUGUGAUAAAAGCAUUGAGAACUCUAAAGCCCGGUGAAGUUGUGGCAGAAAACUAUGGACCAAUAUUUACAAAGAGAAACCUCAUCGACAGACAAAGGACUCUUGGUGGCAGAUAUUGGUUUCAAUGCUCGUGUAUUGCAUGCAGAGAAAACUGGCCAACAUUUGAAAAUAUGACAUCUGAUUCAGUUAGACUAAAGUGUCCAACGUUGAAUUGCAAUAAAUUAUUGGGACAACCACGUGAAAAAAAUAAAUUAAUCAAAUGUUUGGGUUGUCAGAAGAAAGUGAAUCUCGAUGGACAAUUGGAUGAAUUGACAAAUUGUUUAACACUUUAUACAGAAGGUUUAGAUUUAAUGGAAUUAGAAAAACCCAAAGAUGCUGUAAAUAAAUUUAAAAAGGCACUAAAGAUUUUUCAUAAAAUUGCAUCACCUCCACAUAGAAUGACACAUUUAGCAGAAAUUGCCAUGGCAACUUGUAUGGCCGACGCUGGAAAUACUUGGAGACCGAGCAUUAUUAAUGUAUGACAAGUUGGGAACGAAAACAGAAAAUUACCAAGUGAAAUGUUUUACAAAAAACUUCGAUUCUUUUUAUUAAUUAAAAUAAAUGAUAUUUAAAUUCAAACAAAUAAUUGAGUCUACUAAAUCCGAUUUUAAAUUAAAUAUUGCAAUACAGAUUUGUUAAUCACACUUCAAAAAAAAAAAAAAAAUAACGUUAUAUGAAACGAAAAUUAAGAAAAAAAGAAAAAAUUUGUAAGGCAAGCUUAAUAUCUGCUUCAUUAUGAGAGGGAGAUGAAUUAUUUAAUGUGAAAUCCUUCAUUUAAAAUCUCUUUGAAUUCACGAACAAUAGAAAACCCUAUACGGUGGUCGAACAUAUAUUUCAGAGCAUUAUUUUAUUAUCAACAAACUUAUAAAUUCAAAAACCAGUGUAUAGAACAUGUAUUGUAUUUUAAAAUAAAUAAAAAUAAGUUUAAAAAAAUAUUUCUAUAUGAGAAGAAAAAUUUCGUAUGUAUUUAAAAAUUUUAAUCAAAUGUUUUUUUUUUUAAUUUCUUUCAAAUUAAAUUGUUAAAUAUUAUUUGUUCUCAAAUAUAAAAUUCUGAACAAAAAGAAAUUGUCAAAAAUAGAAAAAAAAAAUUCUACUAAAUUGUAACCGUAAUGAAGAGGUCAUUAAAUAAAAAAAACUCAAAAUUAUAGUUUACAAUUUUUUCGAUUUUUUUUCUUUAUUUUUUUUUAUAAUGCACAUGUUUCGUGAAAAAAUUAAAUUCCAUAUAUGAAAUUAGUAUUUAGAGCUCCAAGUUUCGGUACAAAAUUCACUGGGCACUUCCAACAAAAUUCAGUCGAAAGAUAUUUUGUUCGAAAAAUGAACGUCUCCCUGAAGGAUUCUGUUUUAUUUUUUUUUUUUUAUAUUUUUUUUAUUUUUCUAUCGUUCCCCUUUUUAUUUUCUCUUUCACCCCUCCCAACUUUCUAUUCUUUGUUUUUUUUAUUCUUUUAAGUUUUCUUUUUCUUUUUUUUUUUUUAGUACCUAGUCUCAAGUAUCGGCAUCGGUGGAAAUUAAUUAAUUCAAUUAAUCGACCUAAUUGACAAUCGCGAUCUUCACGUGAGUGUUAUAAUUAUUUUUCUGCAAUGGAUAUUCGGAAGCUUUACAAAAAAAAUUUUGUAAGCUGAGAUGUGAAUUUUUAUUUUUUUUGCUUUUUAUUCUCUAACUCCAUCUCUCUUUUUCUCUCAUGAGAAUAUUGGAAAGAAGCCGGAAGAGAAAAUGCCGAGAUGAUAAAGUAUCUUUUCUGUGAUCUACUAUUGCCAAAGAAACGACAAGAGAGACUUCCGGUUUUAAAAAUAAUAGAUUUUUCACAGAAAAAUAUACAUUUUUACAAAACUUAUUUCUCUUCGACAUUCUAAGUUUUUUUUUUUUUUUUUCAUAGGAAAAAAUUACGAAAAGAUUUGAAGUUUUUGUUUUUUUUUUCAAAAAGAUGGUGCGUGCUUUGAUAUUUUUACUGUUUUUUUUUUGUCUUCUAUUUAUACUUAAAUUAUUUUUUCUUGCAAACACCACGCGUUGACUUCGACACACUGGCUAACUAAUGCGGCAAAGGAACGAUUAUAAUAUUCUUUUUUUUUUUAUCUGAAAAUCCCCAAAAUACGUUUUCACGAGGAUUCUAUGGUAAUUAGCCAAUUUCUCCCCUGACAUUAUUGAUUAUUCCCCUCUUUAAAAAGGUCUAGAUUUCAGUCGACAUAUGCAUUGUAUACUUUUUUGCAAUUACUUUCCCUUCUUGCUUGUAUAUUUCCUCGUUUUUUUUUUCUUCCUAUCGGAAAUUCUUUCACGAGAUCUGCGCUCUAUUAUAAUCAGCUACAAUGCUCCGUAGUGGUUACAUUAGUGUAAUAUAAAAAUCAGCAUAAUGUUAAUUACCCUUCCGAGGUAUUCGACCAUCAUUGAAAAAAAAAAAAUUCUAAUUUAAAUUGUCUUUUCAUCUAAUGUUAAUUAACUUUCAAACUUAUUGGUCACUUACAUAUUUCAUCUCGGAAGAUCGUAUUAAGGAUAUCACGAGGUGUUCUGCUUCAAAUGCAAUCUAAAUUUUCUUCUUGUAAAUUCUUCAAUUUUACAUAGUGAAUUAUUAAUUUUUACAUUUGAAUUUAUCAUUGAAAACAAAUUUAAUUAUUAAAUCAAGUAAAAUUACGAUUACAUUUUUCGAAAACCAGAACAUCUCGAUAAACCCCAAAAAAGUAUUUCGUAACCACACGUUUUUUUUUUUUUUUUUUUUUUUCUAAGAUAGUAUCGCUGAUACAAGUCUCAUUGAUUACUUUCACAUACAAUGAUAUUAUGCACAUCACAAGGGCUCAACACGAGGUAAGUAUCUCAAUUUUUUCCGAUUAAAAUAAACGCAAAAAUUUUGUUUGCUUUUUUUUUGUCACAAACAAAUGCGAGUACUUUUUUUUCAGUGAAAAAAUUUUCCCAGCGAGGAUAUGAAAAAAGAAAAAAAUCUAUAAAAUUAAUUGUAUAAAUGUAAAAUUUUGAUAAACUUGUGUAGAAAGAAAACUUGUAAAUUUUAUUUCCUGAGGUUUGUGCUACAAACUAAAAUUUUAAAAAGAGCAUCAUGCAAAGUUUUGUAAAUAUUGUAAAUAUAUGUGUACAUAUAUAUAUAUAUAUAAUAAAUAUAUAUAUACAUACGUCUCUCUCUCUCUCUCUCAUUUCUCUCUCUCUCUCCUCUCAUGACAAAUCACACAUGUGUUUGUCACUCGAGUAUUUUUUAAAUGAUCUAUAACAAGAAACUCGAAGAAAAUAAUUAAUUAAAUAUAAUAAAUAUUGACAAAAUAUUCUUUAUAAUUAUUUAACAAUUUUCUUCGAGUUUCAAGUUUAGUACUGAUUGUUUUUUUUUUUUUUUCAUUAUUGUCAAAAUAAAAAUGACAAAAUUCCAAUCAAUAAUAAUUGUUCAAAAAUACAAUUUUUUCGCCCAUUUCUUUUUUCUUUGUUUUUAGAAAAAAAAAAAUCGAAGGACAAAUUUUUUCAAUGUCGAACAGAUUAUUUCAUUAAUGACGACAAAAAAAGUUGAUUAUUUCAAGAAUUUUAAAUUCAAUUUUUCUUUUAUAAAUAAUUAAACGCACAUUAAUUGUGCAACUGUAAAAAAAUUCAAUCAAUUCACAAAAACGCGUAUUAAAAACCUAAAUUAGU